AUUCUUAAAAUCCCCCAUCCCGCCGCUAUUUAAAGCCUCCUUAAACCUCCUCCUCUUCCCCACCACCAUAACCAAGAAUUCUAUUAUUUGCACAAAAAUAGUCUCACAACACAAUUCUUACUUUUGAAAAAAAAGCACAUUUUUUUGUAUCAAAUAUAUAAGAAAAGCAGGAAUUUUUUUUCAGAUACCCAAUUCAGCAAAAAAGAUGUUAGCGUGUUUAGUUGAAAGAUUUGUGGCUGAGAAUGACGCUGAUUCAAUACCUGAACCUGAAAAAAUCGACGACGGCGUUUUGAAAGACUUGGACAUUGAAGGAAGCAUUGAUUAUGGACUCACGGUUACCGGUUUAGCCGGUAAAGAUUUUGGCGGCAUGUAUGCAGUGAAGCCGUUAGCCGUUAUACGUCCGGCCGGUGCCGAUGACGUCGCGCGGGUGAUUAGGCAAGCGUUACACUCACCAUCAUUAACGGUAGCGGCGAGGGGUAACGGUCAUUCCAUUAACGGCCAAGCUAUGGCCCACCAUGGACUCGUUAUCAAUAUGAAAUCAAUGGGCGAUAAUAACAGAAUCGACGUCAGCGUCUCCGCCAUGUACGCCGACGUAGGUGGCGGAGCAUUAUGGGCUGAUGUCUUGAAACGCUGCGUUUUGGGAUAUGGCUUGGCUCCUACCUCGUGGACGGAUUAUCUUGAUUUAACGGUCGGAGGUACUUUGUCUAACGCCGGCGUCAGUGGCCAAGCUUUCCGUUAUGGACCCCAAACGUCAACCGUAACGGAAUUGGAAGUGGUUACCGGAAACGGAGAGAGAACCGUCUGCUCAAACUCUCAAAAUUCUGAACUCUUCUUCUCUGUUCUUGGCGGACUUGGUCAGUUUGGUAUCAUCACUAGAGCUCGGAUUUUGCUUCAACCCGCCCCGGAUAUGGUAAGGUGGAUAAGAGUGGUAUACAGUGAAUUCGACGAGUUUACUCGUGAUGCUGAGUUACUGGUAAUGAGUCCGGAAUCGUUCGAUUAUGUGGAAGGAUUUGUGUUUGUGAAUAGUGAUGACCCGGUAAAUGGGUGGCCGUCGGUGCCAUUGGAUUCAAAUCAUUCAUUUGACCCGACCCAUUUACCAACAAACACUGGCCCGGUUCUCUAUUGCCUUGAAGUGGCCCUGCAUUAUCACAACCAUGACCAUCCCUCCACUGUAAAUAUGAUGGUGGAGAAAUUGUUUGGACGAUCGAGAUUUAUCGAACACUUGAGGUUUGAGAUUGACUUGAAUUAUAUGGAUUUCUUGUUACGAGUAAAACGCGUAGAACAAAUGGCUAGGGAUAAUGGUAUAUGGGAUGCACCUCAUCCAUGGCUUAACAUGUUCGUUUCCAAGAGAGACAUUGCCGCGUUCAAUCGAAUUGUGUUCCAAAACAUCUUAAAAGAUGGUAUCAAUGGUCCUAUGUUGACAUAUCCUCUCAUCCGAAGCAAGUGGGAUAAUCGAUCAUCAGUGGUGUUACCCCAAGGUGAAAUAUUUUACUUAGUGGCUCUGCUUCGGUUUAGCCAUGCACAUCCAAAAGAGUCUGAAAUAAACGAGAUGGUAGCACAGAACCAAGAGAUCUUGCAAACUUGCAUAAACAAUGGGUUUGAUUUCAAGUUGUACCUUCCGCAUUACAAGUCAACAGAGGAAUGGAAGAAGCACUUUGGGGAUCAAUGGGGAAGAUUUGUAGAGAGAAAGAGCCAGUUUGAUCCAAAGGCUAUCCUUGCACCUGGCCAAAAAAUAUUUACUAGAAACCAUCUACUCUAAUAAAUAUCUACGUAUUACUUUGUGGUAGGUCAAUUGUUUUUUUUCUCCAUUUAGAGUCUUUUCCCUUUUCAUUGGAUAUCGCAAUUGUUACGAAACAGCUCUAAAAGAAUGUAAAUGAAAAAGUUGAAGGAUGUUCCUCAUCUUUGUCUUC